UCAUCAUCAUCAUCAUCAUCAGAAGAAGAAGGUGAGUCUCCAUCAACAAAAUGGUUUCUGCAACUAACCUGUUCACGAUGGUGAUGGUUGUUGAUACGAAGGCUUGAGUUUUUUAAAGAAGGAGGAGGCAUCGCAUAGGCAACAUUCUAAUUGGAACCUGCAUAAUAUUGAUGGGGAGCCUCUUUUCCCGCUAUCUCCGCGUUUCGUCCAUGUUGCAAUCCUAAAAUAAAUGUCUUGAUAACGUAAAAAAAAAACUUUCAUUUCGAAAAAGAAAAAGACUUUCAGAUUCGUCGACGAUCCAACUCGGUCACGCCCGAGUCGAUUGGGUUUAUCGGUGCUUAGAGAGUGUUGUUUGUCAGAGAUUUUGAGUUCUUAGGUUAAAUCUAGGGCUUGGGGAGAUUGUGGUGCGUCUUUCCUAGCAGCCAUGAAUCGCAGGGUUCGGGAUGAUUGGGAGAGAUUGGUUCGAGCAACUUUGAAGAGGGAGCAGCUCAGAGCUGCUGGCCAAGGACAUGAGAGAGCUCCCAGUGGGAUUGCUGGUUCAGUUCCGGCAUCGCUAGUGAAAACUACUAACAUUGAUGCGAUCUUACAAGCCGCCGAUGAGAUUCAAUCGGAGGAUCCCAGCGUCGCUAGAAUUAUGUGUGAGCAGGCAUACAGUAUGGCACAUAAUCUGGACCCAGACAGUGAUGGUAGAGGUGUUCUUCAGUUUAAGACUGGUUUAAUGUCUGUAAUCAAGCAAAAACUUGCAAAAAGGGAUGGGGCCCCAAUAGAUCGCAAUCGUGAUAUUGAGCACCUCUGGAAUUUUUACCAACGGUAUAAGAAACGGCAUAGAGUGGAUGAUAUACGGAGAGAAGAACAGAGAAUGCGGGAGUCUGGAACUUUUAGUACUGAUUUUGGAAAGAUGGAAAUGAGAUCUUUAGAAAUGAAAAAGAUAGUUGCUACGUUAAGGGCAUUAGUAGAGGUCAUGGAGGCACUUAGCAAAGAAGCAGAUCCUAGGGGAGUUGGUGGACUUAUCAAGGAAGAGUUGCGAAGAGUAAAAUCAUCCGAGGCAACAUUAUCUGGGGAAUUCACACCCUAUAAUAUUGUACCAUUGGAGGCACCUUCUUUGACCAAUGCCAUUGGAAUUUUCCCAGAAGUUAGAGGUGCAAUAUCUGCUAUUAGAUAUACUGAACACUUUCCUAGACUUCCAGAUGAUUAUGUGAUAAUUGGAGACCGAGAUGCUGACAUGUUUGAUCUUCUGGAAAUAGUGUUUGGCUUUCAGAAAGACAAUAUCAGGAACCAGAGAGAGAAUGUUGUUCUUGCCAUAGCAAAUGCACAGUCACGACUUGGCAUACCAUCCGAGGCUGAUCCAAAAAUAGAUGAGAAAGCAAUCAACGAGGUAUUCUUGAAGGUGCUGGAUAAUUAUAUCAAAUGGUGCAAAUAUUUGCGGAUACGCAUUGCGUGGAAUAGUUUAGAAGCGAUCAAUAGAGACAGGAAACUUUUUCUUGUUUCACUGUACUUUUUGUUAUGGGGGGAAGCUGCAAAUGUCCGUUUCCUUCCUGAAUGCAUUUGCUAUAUAUUCCACCAUAUGGCGAAAGAGUUGGACGCAGUAUUGGAUCAUGGAGAAGCUUAUCCUGCUGCCAGCUGUAAAACUGAAACUGGUUCUGUGUCCUUCCUUGACAAAAUCAUUUGCCCGAUAUAUAAGAUAAUGGCAUUGGAAGCUGAAAGAAACAAUGGGGGGAAAGCUGCACAUUCUGCAUGGCGGAAUUAUGACGACUUCAAUGAAUAUUUUUGGUCCCCUGCUUGCUUUGAGUUAAGCUGGCCUAUGAAGAGAGAGUCGCGGUUUUUUUUGGAGCCUAAGAAAAAAGGAAUUAGGACUGGAAAAAGCUCUUUUGUUGAGCAUCGGACCUUUCUUCACCUGUAUCGAAGUUUUCAUCGUUUGUGGAUCUUUCUUGCUUUGAUGUUCCAGACUUUAGCAAUUAUAGCUUUCAACGAUGGACGCUUGGAUAUAAAUACUUUUAAGAGUGUACUUAGCAUUGGACCAACAUUUGCAAUUAUGAACUUCUUUGAAAGUUGUUUGGAUGUCAUACUCAUGUUUGGUGCCUACACCUCAGCAAGAGGCAUGGCUAUCUCAAGACUAGUAAUUAGGUUUUUCUGGUUUGGUUUGAGCUCAGCAUUUGUGACAUAUGUUUACUUGAAGGUUCUGGAUGAAAGAAAUAGCCGCAGCUCAAACAAUUCAUUUUACUUCAGAAUAUAUAUUCUUGUACUGGGUGUGUAUGCUGGAUUACGUGUACUCCUUGGACUCUUGCUAAAAUUUCCAGCAUGCCACUCAUUAUCUGCGAUGUCUGAUCAGUCAUUCUUCCAAUUUUUUAAAUGGAUUUAUCAGGAGCGUUACUAUGUUGGACGUGGUCUUUAUGAGAGUCUGAGUGAUUAUUGCAGGUAUGUGCUCUUUUGGCUCGUGGUGUUCAUUUGCAAAUUUUGUUUUGCAUACUUUCUCCAGAUUCAACCACUUGUCAGUCCUACCAAUACAAUUGCUGGGCUUCGAAAUUUAGAUUACUCAUGGCAUGAUUUAAUCUCUAGGGGCAAUAAUAAUGCCUUGACCAUAGCCUGCCUUUGGGGUCCAGUGGUGGCUAUCUAUCUCAUGGAUAUACACAUAUGGUAUACUCUCUUGUCAGCCGUUAUUGGUGGUGUGAUGGGUGCACGGGCUCGAUUAGGCGAGAUACGCUCAAUUGAAAUGGUGCAUAAGCGUUUUGAAAGUUUUCCAGAAGCCUUUGUAAGGCAUCUUGUCUCUCCACAAACAAAAAGGCUGCCCUUCAACAGACAAUCAUCUCAGGACGACUCUCAUGAUACGGACAAGACAUAUGCUGCAAUGUUUUCUCCAUUUUGGAAUGAAAUUAUUAAAAGUUUGCGUGAAGAAGAUUAUAUUAGUAAUAGGGAGAUGGACUUGCUUUCUUGUCCUAGCAACACAGGAAGUCUUGGAUUAGUACAGUGGCCUUUGUUUCUUCUUAGUAGUAAGAUUUUGUUGGCUAUUGAUUUGGCCUUGGAUUGUAAAGAUACACAAGCAGAUCUUUGGAAUAGAAUAUGUAGAGAUGAAUACAUGGCAUAUGCAGUUCGGGAAUGCUACUGCAGUAUUGAAAAACUCUUAUACUCUCUUAUUGAUGGUGAAGGGAGACUCUGGGUUGAAAGGAUCUACCGUGAGAUAAAUAACAGUAUAUUGGAAGGCUCACUUGUUAUAACCUUAUCUCUUAAGAAGCUUCCAGUGGUGCUAAAAAAAUUUACUGCUCUAACUGGGCUCCUGUUACGGAAUGAAGAUCCUGAUCUUUCUAAAGGAGCUGCAAAAGCUGUGUACGAGCUAUAUGAAGUUGUCACAGAUCAACUUCUGUCACCUGAUUUAAGGGAGCAACUUGAUACAUGGAACAUUUUAGCCAGAGCAAGAAAUGAAGGGCGCCUGUUUUCUAGGAUAGAAUGGCCCAAAGAUACAGAAGCUAAAGAGCUAGUGAAGCGGCUGCAUCUUCUUCUUACUGUAAAAGAUUCCGCAGCUAAUGUUCCCAAGAACCUUGAAGCAAGAAGAAGAUUAGAAUUUUUCACAAAUUCAUUAUUUAUGGACAUGCCUUCAGCCAAGCCAGUUAGUGAGAUGGUCCCUUUCUGUGUCUUCACCCCUUACUACAGUGAGACUGUACUAUAUAGUUCUUCUGAAUUGCAAAAGGAAAAUGAAGAUGGAAUAUCAAUUCUUUUCUACCUUCAGAAAAUUUUUCCAGAUGAAUGGAAGAAUUUCUUGGAACGAAUUGGUCGGGCCGAUUCAACUGCUGAUGCGGAAUUGCAGAAAAGUUCAAGCGAUGCUUUGGAGCUUCGGUUUUGGGUAUCUUACCGGGGCCAGACUCUGGCUAGGACUGUGCGUGGUAUGAUGUAUUAUAGAAGGGCUUUAAUGUUACAGAGUUAUUUGGAAAAGAGAUCGUUGGGAGUUGAUGGAUAUUCUCAAGGCAGCAUCCCUACAAGUCAAGGUUUUGAGUUGUCACGUGAAUCGCGGGCGCAAGCAGAUAUAAAGUUUACCUAUGUUGUGUCAUGCCAAAUUUAUGGCCUACAGAAGCAGAGGAAAGCACCAGAGGCUGCUGAUAUAUCUCUUUUAUUGCAGAGGAAUGAGGCACUUCGAGUUGCUUUCAUACAUGUUGAGGAUGGUGGUGCUGAUGGCAAGGGUCCAAAAGAAUUUUAUUCUAAGCUUGUUAAAGCUGACAUACAUGGAAAAGAUCAGGAAGUAUACUCGAUCAAACUUCCUGGAGAUCCAAAACUUGGCGAAGGGAAGCCUGAAAACCAAAACCAUGCCAUAGUUUUCACUCGUGGGGAGGCUGUUCAAACUAUUGACAUGAAUCAGGACAACUACCUUGAGGAGGCAAUGAAGAUGAGAAAUCUUCUUGAGGAGUUUCAUAGAAACCAUGGUCUCCGGCCUCCAACUAUUCUUGGUGUUAGAGAGCAUGUCUUCACAGGAAGUGUCUCAUCCUUAGCAUGGUUUAUGUCAAAUCAAGAAACCAGCUUUGUUACUUUGGGGCAACGUGUUUUGGCAAGUCCUCUCAAAGUUCGCAUGCACUAUGGACAUCCUGAUGUAUUCGACCGUGUAUUCCACAUAACUCGAGGUGGCAUUAGCAAGGCAUCUCGUGUUAUCAACAUUAGUGAAGAUAUCUUUGCUGGGUUCAACUCAACAUUAAGGCAAGGCAACAUCACGCACCAUGAGUACAUUCAGGUUGGGAAAGGAAGGGAUGUUGGUCUGAAUCAGAUUGCCCUGUUUGAAGGAAAAGUUGCCGGUGGAAAUGGGGAACAAGUUCUUAGUAGAGAUGUAUACAGACUUGGACAACUUUUUGAUUUCUUUAGAAUGUGUUCUUACUUCUUCACGACUGUCGGAUUCUAUGUUUGUACUAUGAUGACAGUGCUCACAGUGUACAUAUUCUUGUAUGGAAGGGUUUACCUGGCUUUCUCUGGACUUGAUGAACAAAUUGCAAAGCAAGCAAAAAAACUGGGUAGCACAGCACUGGAUGCUGCUUUAAAUGCACAGUUCUUGGUCCAGAUUGGAAUUUUUACAGCAGUUCCGAUGAUUAUGGGUUUUAUACUUGAAUUGGGACUGCUCAAGGCAGUUUUCAGCUUUAUUACAAUGCAGCUUCAAUUAUGUUCUGUGUUCUUCACUUUCUCAUUAGGAACUAGAACUCACUAUUUUGGACGUACGAUUCUCCAUGGAGGUGCAAAAUACCGGGCAACUGGUAGAGGUUUUGUUGUCCGCCACAUCAAGUUUGCAGACAAUUACAGGCUCUACUCAAGAAGUCAUUUUGUCAAGGCGCUUGAAGUGGCUCUGCUCCUCAUAGUCUACAUUGCAUAUGGGUAUACUGCCGGUGGGGCUGUUUCAUUUGUUUUGUUAACUAUUAGUAGUUGGUUUCUGGUCAUCUCUUGGCUCUUUGCACCCUAUAUCUUCAAUCCUUCUGGUUUUGAGUGGCAAAAAACGGUGGAGGAUUUUGAUGAUUGGACCAGUUGGCUUCUUUAUAAGGGUGGUGUAGGAGUGAAAGGAGAUGAUAGCUGGGAAUCUUGGUGGGAGGAAGAGCUGGCGCAUAUUCAAACACUGAGAGGUCGUAUAUUGGAAACCAUUUUGAGUUUGAGGUUCUUCAUGUUUCAAUAUGGCAUUGUGUACAAGCUCCACCUCACUGCCAAAGAAAGAUCACUUGCGAUCUAUGGAUUUUCCUGGGUCGUGUUACUUGUCAUUGUCAUGGUGUUUAAGGUUUUUACCUACAGUCCAAAGAAAUCAGCCAACUUUCAGCUAGUGCUUCGAUUUACACAAGGUGUCACAUCCUUGGGACUUAUUGCAGCGCUAGCCCUAGUUGUCAUAUUUACGGAUCUUUCCAUACCAGACUUGUUUGCUAGCAUCCUUGCAUUUAUUCCAACCGGCUGGGCAAUAAUUUGUCUGGCUGUGACUUGGAAAAGGGUUGUCUGGAGUCUCGGGUUGUGGGACUCUGUUCGCGAGUUUGCCAGAAUGUAUGAUGCUGCAAUGGGUAUGCUCAUCUUUGCUCCUAUAGCAUUCUUGUCAUGGUUCCCAUUCAUCUCCACAUUUCAGUCUCGACUUCUUUUCAAUCAAGCUUUUAGCCGUGGUUUGGAAAUCUCCAUUAUUCUUGCCGGAAACAAAGCAAAUGUUGAUGCUUAAUCAGUUUGGUCGUUCUUGCGUUUUUUAUGAAUUGUUCAUUUGAGUAGCGAUCAUUAUUCUUUUUUUACCCUUUUAGUUGCAAGUAUUAGACAUUAAGUUGUUGUAGCUGUAUAUUUUGUUGUAAAUAAGUUGUAGGCUGUUUCUGACAUAUUCUCGUUUAGUUUUCAUUUGUUAAUUUGUUUUGUAUUUUGAGAUGAUCACAAAUUGCAAGACCCUUCCCACUUUGCAAUUGUCGAGUAGUGUACCAUUUUUUGAUACUAUAUCAAGCUCACUGGUCCUUUUUCAAUGUUUCUUCCAUAAUGUAAUUAAAUAGUAUAUUUGAAGAAUUAAUUACUUCAUUUGGUAUUAUUGAAAAUUUUGAGAUAA